CAUUAAAAAGUUGGUCGAGAAAGUGUCAGGGUGAUUCGGUUUGUUGACUGGAUUGUUUUAGUUCGUUUGGGAAAUGGCGGACCAGGCGGAUAUCACAGGACGAUGGGAUCUGUACAAGUCAGAAAACUUUGAAGAAUACCUAAAAGCGGUUGGUGUAAACUUCGUGCUGAGGAAGCUAAUCGCGAGUAUGGCUGCUGCUACUUUGGAAAUCACGAAAGACGGAGAACACUACACACUAAAAACCAUAUCCACUAUGAAAACUGUGGAAACUAAAUUCAGGUUGAACGAAGAGUUUGACGACAAACUGAUGGACGGAAGAGAAUGCAAGACAUUGUUCACUCUUGAAGGGAAUGUUCUAAAACAACGCCAAAGAACUGCUGAUGGCUUCGAGACCAUGAUCGAGAGGGAUAUUACACCGGAAGAAGUUACAACGACGAUCAAAUACAAGGACGUGCAGUGCAUCCGUCGCUUCCGAAAAUCCUCAGCCUGAUGCUGCACAGCAUCUACAGAAACGAUUAAUUAAAUCCAGUAACGAUUCCAUGUUAUCCAGCACGUACGUUUUUAAAAAUUGAUUAUUGUUAGUCGUUUUUUUAUACUUCUUGCAUGUUUACGAAUUUUUACGUUGUUUCUUGGCUCACUUUUGUAGCUUAUCGUACGGCUACAGAUACAGAAAUAUCGUGUGCAAUGAUUGGGAUCUUUUAUUUCCAAUAUUUCUGGUGCGGCGAUUUCGAUUUCUAAAUAACUGCAUAUCGGCGAAUACAACCAGUAACAAAAUAAUAAAGUUUAUCCUAUCAAUAA